AUGGCUCAGAACAUCAAAUGUGUCGUCGUGGGUGAUGGAGCUGUCGGAAAGGGUGAAUACAUCCCAACGGGUAUGUCCAUCCUAGUAACAUCUUAUCAGUCCAUCACUCAUGAUAAUUCUUUCUCAUCAAAAAGGGCCUUACUUCACCCACAGAAGCUGACUCCCAAUUUUUCCGUUUCAGCUCAAGUUAUGGUCGAUGGCAAAAUGAUCAGUCUCGGUCUUUGGGAUACAGCUGGUCAAGAAGACUAUGACCGUCUCCGCCCACUGUCCUAUCCUCAAACGGACGUUUUCCUCGUAUGCUUCUCUCUUGUUAGCCCGCCAAGCUUCGAAAACGUGAGAAGCAAGUGGUAUCCUGAAAUUAAUCACCACGCCCCUGGUGUGCCUAAACUACUCGUUGGAACCAAGCUGGAUCUACGCGAAGAUCCUGCAUCCAUCGAAAAGCUCCGAGAGAGACGCAUGGCUCCUGUGACCUACCAACAGGGUAUGAGCAUGCACAAGGAGAUUGGAGCAACCAAGUUCCUCGAGUGCUCCGCAUUAACCCAGAAAGGCCUAAAGAAUGUGUUUGACGAAGCUAUUCGGGCAGUUUGUAAGUACACUUAUCUCGACCCACUUUCAAUUCUCAAAGAUUACUAG